AUGUUUUAUGAUUUUUCGAGAUUCUACACUAGAGUAGAAGAUCCUCCAAUUGAAAAUACUCUGAAAAAGAUAGAGCUGUACGCCAAAUCAAUCCAGAUGCUCCACGAUGAAAUCGAACAUUUAAAAUCUGAACAAAAUUUGGCAAUAACGCAUCUAAAACAAUACCAAGCAGACUUCAAUCAGCUAAGAAACAUGUACAAUAAAGUAUCAAGAAAACUCCAGUCUACAACACCAAAUAAAGAAGAUUCCCAGAUCAUUAGGAGUUGUAGCGAAUAUAGAGUUGAGCUGACACGUGAUAUCCCACAGAAUUAUACUAAUUUGCAAUUCCAGAUAUUAGCGAAUGAUACUUUUUAUAAAUCCAAAUCGAACGUUCGCCUCGUUUUAUCAUAUAAUAACGUUCAAACAAUUAAAUCAGCUGCAAUUGAUGAUUUAACGACUAGGUUAGCAUUUACAGAUGGAAAUUCCUUGACAUUAUUAAAUCUUGAGAACAGAACUUUCAUAAAUUCUGUUUUAAUCCCAGAUAACACAUCAGUCCUUUAUAAUAAGCGCAGCGUUAUGUUCACACCAAACGGUCAAUAUAUCUGCCUGUCUAUCGGGCCCAAAUUAUUAUUAUAUCUCGCAAAUAAUCUCAAAUUAUGCACUGAAAUAUCAUUAGAUGAAAGCAAAAUCAUCUCAAUUCAAUUCUCUACAGACUUAGAUUUGCUUAUUCUAGCUUAUGAAAACGGUAUUUUAAGUGAAUUUCAAUUGAGUACUUUGGAACCGAUCAAAACAUACAAAUGCGAGUUCGAAGGUACACCACAAUUAAUACUUACAGGGAUGGAAAUCAAAGGAAAUAACCUGCGAGUUUCUAGUGACAUGGGCGUAAUGGUUACCUUAAAAAUCCCACAGUUUUCGCUUGUGAGCAUUAAUAACACUGGCAGUAGAAUACCAUACGGAUUCGUUUCUUCGCCAAAUUCUGAACGAUUCAUAACAUUAUCAAAUCAAUCAGAUUCAAAGAAAGAUGAUGACAUAACUUACGCUGAUUUCUCUACUGAUGGAUCACUUUUUGUUACAGCAUCAGUAAACUUCAGACUUACAGUUUGGGAAACAAAAACAAUGAUCCAAUUAUUUUCCAUAGUAUUUCACCAAAAUACCAUUACAGAUUUACGCCAUAGCAAAAAUAAGCCACUCUUUGUCUCUGUCUCGGCCGAUGGCUAUAUUUGCUUGUGGGAAUACACAAAAAAAGAAUGA